UUUUUUUUUUUUUUUUUUUUUGUAUUUUUGUAAACCGGAGCAGGAAAAACAGGGAGCCAAGAAGGGAAGAAGGGAAAAAAGGGAAACAAUGGCGUUCCGGAGAAGAAAUAAGAGCUAUCCUUUCUUUAGUCAGGAGUUUUUAAUUCAGAAUCAUGCGGACAUCGUCUUUAGUUUGGUCAUCUUCAUUUUAAUUGGCCUGAUGUUUGAGGCAACGGCAAAAACAGCAAUCCUCUUUAUCCAGCCACAGUACAACAUCAGCACAUUGACCACAGAUGGAGAGUUGACUCUGUACCAUUACGGGUGGAAAGACUGUGCCACCGCCCUCUUCUAUCUCUUCAUCACCAUCAUCCUCCAUGCUGUGGUUCAGGAGUACAUCCUGGAAAAAGUAAACAGACGUCUUCACCUUUCGAAAAGCAAGAACACUAAGUUUAAUGAGUCCGGACAGCUGUGUGUGUUCUACCUCGUCUCCAGCUUGUGGAGUUUAUACAUUCUCGCUACUGAGGGUUACAUUAUGCACCCAAGCAGCCUGUGGGAGAACUACCCUCACGUUCACCUGAGGUUCCAGGUGAAGUUUUUCUAUCUGACCCAGAUGGCGUAUUGGCUCCACGCACUGCCCGAGCUCUACUUCCAGAAAGUGCGCAAGGAAGAGAUCCCCCGUCAGUUGCAGUACAUCUGUCUGUACCUGUCUCACAUCUUGGCUGCGUACUUGUUAAAUCUAACGCGUGUAGGAUUGGUGUUGCUCUUCCUGCAGUAUGUCUCUGAGACGGGUUUCCAUCUCUCCAGACUCAUCUACUUUAUCGACGAGACUCACCAUAAAAUGUUUGAUCUGUGGUCAGUGGGGUUUGUUUUGACCCGUAUGGUUUCUCUGACUCUGAUGUUCUUGUCCGUGGGUUUUGGUUUGGCGCGAUCAGAAAACCAGACACUCAAUUGGGAGGCCGGAAACUUCAACACCCUCCCUAUAAGGCUUUUGGUGCUGUUCCUGGUGUGUUCUACACAGUCAUGGCUGUUGUGGAAGUUUUUCUGUUUCCAGUUGAGACGCACUCGUGAGUUCAGACUGGAGCAGGCAAGAAAAAGAGCAGCAGCUAAACAGUCUUCACGCACAGUCAAACGUGACACAGCUGGUAACCAUGAGAACGGCACACUUAAGGUGGAGAACGGAACGUCACCUCGGCUAAAGAAGCUCAAAGCCCCGUAACUCCAUCCCUUUUAUCAUUUCUGCCUCAUUUUUGUAAGGGAGAGAAACAGGAAACCAGUCACCAACUUCCUGUUCUGAUCCACGGUGGACUGAGGGUGCUACGACAUUCCAUAGAGGACGUGCCAUCCAAAAGUGUUGGGGAAAAAACAAACAAAAAAAAAAAACAUGUACCCUCCUUAUUCUUUUGUACAUCAUUAUCAGUAUUUGUUACUUUCUUUUCAAAUAAGCAUCGUUGCAUUUUCUCUUUUUUUUAUGCCGCUUUGCACCAAUCCGCCGCUUCUUUAUCCGUCAUCAGAAAGCCAUGUGUUUUUUAUAUUUCCUAAAACAGUACUGUAUCAGCCAGCCCUGGGGAAAGUGAUCAAAUAGGCCUAUGGUGGCCUGGGAAGGACAUCCAGAGUGCAGGUCAAAAUAUUUUGGGAUUUUGUUUAAGGGAGAGUAGACAGUAGACUGUAGACAGUAGACAGUAGACUGUAGACUGUAGACUGUAGACUGUAGACAGUAGACUGUAGACAGUAGACCGUAGACGGGUUCUUGCAUGUUGAUAUUUUUUCCUCCAUUACAGUUAGGAGGUUCGGCAGAUUGAAAUCCUUGACACAUUUUUUAAAAAAUUGUUAAGCUUCACAAUCGUGAUUUGUUAUGACAAUAAAAAAUGGCCGAGUUGUUUAUUUUA